UCUUAUUUUACUAUUGUUUCUUUUUUAUUUUUUCAAUCAAGCCAGUUAGCGCUUAGAAUGCUAAUAGGUAAACAAGCAGCUAAACGCAGCACACCUGCGACGGCGGUACACUGAAUAAGUGGACUUCAGCCUGAGCUGUGGGCAAUGAACUGGAGUAGAUGUCCAGAUAAGUUAUAAAGUAAAGCGUCGGGACACCUGUCGACCUCCAGACUGUCAGAAUUUAACAGGUAAUAAAUUAGCUAGCUUAAAAGCCGUGAGUGGCUAGCUUUAAGGAGGUCGUGUUUCCAGCAGCUUACCUGUUCGUACCUUAAAGAGUUACUGCCAACGCUCUCUGGAUGUACUACGCGUAGCUAGCUGGCAGAUAGCUGGAUUUAAAGCUCAGGUGUUUAACUGCGAGUCUCAACUUAAACUGGCUGAAACAAAGAAUCUGAGUUGACCUUCAAAGAGACUGGCUAAAAUCACAGUUUACUUAUUGGCAGCGACCAGCGAGGCAGUUUCUGAAUUUCUCCUCUCACCGUCCCGAUGGAGUGGGUGUUCAUCAUGAACCGGAUGAGCUCUCAGGGUAGCUCUGCAGCCCAGCGGAGACGGAUGGCUCUGGGGGUGGUGAUACUCCUGCUGGUGGAUGUUAUCUGGGUCGCCUCCUCCGAGCUGACCUCGUACAUUUUCAAGCGACAGGACUAUAACAAGCCCUUCUUCAGCACCUUCGCCAAGACGUCCAUGUUCGUGCUGUACCUGCUGGGCUUCCUGCUGUGGCGGCCAUGGAGGCAGCAGUGCACGGGCACCCUGAAACGCCGCCGGUCCGCCUUCUUUGCUGAUGCCGAAGCCUACUUCACACCCUGCACCACUGACUCCACUGUGAACAAUUGUCUGAGUGAGCCUCUGUACGUACCUGUGAAGUUCCAGGACGUCCCCACCGAGCACUCGAGCUGUUUAAUGGGAGACUGUGAAUCCUCAUCCAAAAAGCAGCGGGUGCGUUUCAGUAACAUCAUGGAGGUGCGCCAGCUGCCCUCCACUCAGGCCCUGGAGGCCAAGCUGUCGCGCAUGUCCUACCCCGCUGCCAAGGACCACGAGGCCAUGCUGCGCACCGUGGGCAAGCUGACCAUCACUGACGUGGCCAAAAUCAGCUUCUUCUUCUGUUUUGUGUGGUUCCUGGCCAACCUGUCCUACCAGGAAGCUCUGUCCGACACGCAGGUUGCAAUCGUCAACAUUCUAUCUUCCACCUCAGGUCUGUUUACACUCAUCUUGGCAGCCAUAUUUCCCAGCAACAGCAGCGACCGCUUCACCCUUUCCAAGCUCUUAGCCGUGGCUCUGAGGUGUUCCCUGUGGUCGCUGGCUGGGGCGAUGCUCUAUGCCGUCUAUAUCGUAAUGAUCAAGCGGCGAGUGGAUCGGGAGGAUAAGCUUGACAUCCCAAUGUUCUUUGGGUUUGUGGGUCUGUUCAACCUGCUGCUGCUGUGGCCUGGCUUCCUCCUGCUCCACUACACCGGCUUCGAGGCCUUUGAGCUCCCCAGCCAACUUGUGUGGACGUACAUCCUCAUAAACGGCCUCAUCGGCACCGUUCUGUCCGAGUUCCUCUGGCUCUGGGGCUGUUUCCUCACAUCUUCUCUAAUUGGGACUCUGGCAUUGAGCCUCACCAUCCCACUCUCCAUUAUGGCCGACAUUUGCAUGCAGAAGGUGCGUUUCUCGUGGUUGUUUUUUGCCGGAGCGGUCCCUGUCUUCCUCUCCUUCUUCAUCGCCACACUUUUAUGUCACUACAACAACUGGGACCCAGUGCUGGUGGGGCUGAGGAGGGUUUACGCCUUCAUCUGCAGGAAGCAUCGCAUUCAGAGGCUGCCAGAUGACAGCGAGCAGUGUGAAAGCCUUAUUCCCCUCCACACCGUCUCCCCUGGCGAAGGAAGCUUCUGCUCGUGAUCCGGCAGUCAAACAAAAUGGCGGCCAUCGUGGAUCUGGCUGAGCUGACAAUCGGGAAGCUUUCAGAGACAUUGAACGUACCCCCAGUGCCUCCCAUUACAUCUUAUUUAUUUUCUACAGUGUUCAGAUUUAGUUCUGGAAGCUCGGUUUUAUCAUCAUGCUUCCAUCCAACACUACAGACUAAAGAUUUCCUCAUUUUUGCUUAUUUUGUGUGUCUAAAAGAAAGAAACGGUACGUCACUCAAGAUGCAGGACUUCAUUAUCAGUGAUAUUGCCAAAUUAAACCGUUAAUAUGGGAGAAGACUUCCUUUUGGUCUACUGAAGGAUCCUAAGAAAUGACAAUCUAUUGGACACAAAGUGUUGUUAUUAUUUCCAAAUGGUUCCUGUGACGCAUAACUGUUGUUGAGUUGUUUUCACGACCAGAGAUCUGGCAGAACUGGAAACGCUGGACACGGACGAGCUCCUGGUACCCAGCGGGGGCGGCUCGGGUAGUCAGAGCGACCUCUGUGUCUCCACUUUAUAAACACUAGACAGACAACACUACAGCCGAACAGGACAGCACCACGUCUUGUUUCCUCAGUGCUGGAUUCUAAACACGAGCUCCAAACGGGAUAGAAAGCCUUCAAAAAAAGUUCUGCUCCUAAAAAUAAAAACCCACGUCAAGUUUGGAUCGAGCUCAUCUCCCCUUUAAGGUCGUCUCUGAGUGAAACUCUGGACCUCUUCCAGCGCCCCGACUCCUUGGAAAUUCCUCCUGUUUUGAUUGUUUGCAUUUGAUUUUGGGACAGUUACACGGUUGUUAGAUCACGUAGGGCACAGAGUUGCAUCUACAGGGUUGCACACAAGGAAUUAAUCAACGUAGCCACAGUGAUGUCACCCAUUUUGAAGCCUUACCCGAGGAAUCUGUCGGAUACAUGUCCAUGACACUGUUUUCUUCCGUCCUUUGCACGGCUUCAAGUCACACUGGGAGCGUUUAACGACUCCAUAAUCUUUUAUUUUUAAAUUUAAGCUGUUCCUGUGUCUGACUUCCUGCCCUCCUCAUCAGCUUGCAGUGACUUUGAGCAGUACGGAACAGGAACUUAUCAGUCUUCUGAAACAUGCUGCGGGAAAACAGGAGGAAUCGAAAGCCAAAGCUUUUUCGGUUAUACUAGAACUUCACUCAACUGAUGCAUUAACUUCUUGGACCGACUGCAACUCUCAGAAAGCCUUAUAAUUAAUGAGGUAACUGCAUUAAAAUGCUCCAGAAGCCUCAAACAGCACAAGAAAGGUUUGGAGGUUGAGUUCAGGGGCUCCAGUGGACAAUGAAAGAACAGCAGCAUUUGGCACGUUUGCCUUUACUCUUUCUCUCAUCACUUUAAGUUCGUCUGUCAGGUUAUUUAGUUUUUUGGGGGUUUUUUUUAAGUUGGGGUGUUCACAGUGACACUCAGGUCGUUUAAGAGCACAAUCUUCUCUCGCAGUGCCACCUACUGGCCAGGUUUGGCACCCUGGAACAAACAGGCACACUAAUGGAUACACAGAAGUGAAAGUACGCAGUCAGAGCUGGAUACUAAAGGAGUGUUCUUGGCUUAUAGUUGUGUUAGAAGAGGUCCAGUGUUUCCUGAGGAAACUACCUUGAAGGGGAGAUCAACCGAAAUCAAACCAGACUGGAGUGACCGAACUUUGUGAUCGCCUUCGUGCAAUAAAAACAGUUGUCUGCAGUUUCCUUUGUUAAAAAGGUUUGUAAAUAGUGUACACAGUGAAACAUGUACAUGGAACUGUUUUAUUUUUGACCUACAAAUGACCACUAAAGAUUCAUAUUUUAUAUCCGUGUCUUCUGGAACGACUGCCGCCACAGGAAGCUUUCGCUCUGCAGCCAAAACUCGCUGAUAUUUCACCACCUGAACUGGACUGUGUGUGAUUUUAUUUUACAUCUUAAGUGAAGAAAAAAUAUUUACUGUGCUUGUGAUUUUAUGUGACAAGAAGGAGCCUUGUUGUUCUGUCAUCAGCCUCAGUGUUGGUCAUGUCAGCACUACCGAUGGAAUUGAGCUGCUGAUGUUGUUCCCCUCAUCCUUUUAAAUAUGUGCAUCUUUAUGGUGUUGUUUUUUUUUUCCUGCACUCGUCUUUGACUGAGCGUUUCGAGUGGAGGAGGUAAUAGCCGUUCUGUGAGGGUGAAUUAACGAGUUGAGCACUUUAAGUGACAGAAAAAUUAUUGCACUUUCUGUGUUUUUUGCCAAUCAGUCAGUCCCAUCUUUCAGCCACGACUUCAGGUUUGAACACUGAGAGUUGAU